GUAGUGAAUCCCAACCACUGCAUUGAGGAAUGGAUAGACGACCGAGUUGACGUUGUAUUUUAUGAACGCUUCUUCAAUUGGGAAAUUGCUGCCUCUAGUUUCUUGAUCCGCAAUAGUGAAUUUGGAAGAAGUUUUCUGAAGGGCUGGGCAAAUCGCGAAUUUACGCUCCACAACAAAUGGCAUGGCUCUGACAACGGAGUUCUCCAUUUCAGCUCUCAUGUCAUAGACACUGUGUUCCCGAUCGUGCAGGAGAGGGCCAACUGCUACAAAGAAUGGCGCAGUGCAACAAGUUAUGAAACCUACAUAGCUCUCGUGUCAUGUGCAAAGCAGGUAAUUGGAGCAACAAGAUUAUGGCCAGGAAAGCUUCGAAUAUACAGAAGAGCUCAUGGAUGGGCUCGAGACUAUUUCUUGCCCGCAGCGCAAGUGGUACGUACGAGCGACUUCAUGUUUCACCUAAUGAAAUCGAAUAAUAUCAGUGAUGAGGUUAACAUCUUCACAAAAAUGCCGGUUCUCGAAUCUUGUGGUAUUGGACUGAAUGGAUGGCAUUGGGAUUUAAUCGAAGCGAACGAACCUUCAGGAUGUGAAAGAAUCACUGGCAUAUAUGGAGCAUGA